UGUUCUGUCCUUGUCCUGGCACCCACCUGCACAGCAUAUUUUAGAAGAUUGCCUGCUUUAACACAUUCACUGCAACUCUGAAAGGACUUGUUAAUAAGCUGUUUUAAUUAGUUGAUUUAGGGGCGAUAGGUGAAGGAAAUGCCAUAAAUGCCCACAGAGCUUUAAACAGUGUCCUGAUUUCUGGGAUAUUAUAUCUGCAGCCAUCAGGGAGCUGCUAUCAGUAUGCUGGAGAAUCCCGCGAGUCACUGGAAAAGUGGGAUGUCUGUGAAUAACAUAAAUAACAAAACUAACAUUUAAAAUAUAUUUAUGAUACAAAAAGGUAAUGAUAAAAAUACUGUCUGUGCUUACUGUCUAUAUACUAGCAACACUUCAAAUGAAAUAUUCAGUAAGUACUGGGAAAAAAUACUAAUAUUUAAGUAUACCUAUAACAAGUUCCUAUUAAGAGUAGGGUUAAAGGGUUAAUACAGCCGCUGUGCUGUGUGUGCAGUGAACGCAGGCACUGUGUUCAGACUGUGCUCCGUUCCAGUGGCCUGACGAAUAAAAAUAGCAAUAGCAUGAAAAGCGUAUUGCUAAUUAGCACAAUUUUUUCGCACAUCUAAUCCCGAGUCCCUUGGCGUCUCUCUCUCUCUCUCUUUCUCUCUCUCUCUCUUUUGCUCUCUCUUUCUUUCUCUCUCUCAGUCUCCAGCCACCUGCUGCUUAUACACACGCUAUUCUCCUCACACACUCCUCUCUCCAUCUCUCUCUCUCUCUCUCUCUCUCUCUCUCUCUUUUGCUCUCUCUUUCUUUCUCUCUCUCAGUCUCCAGCCACCUGCUGCUUAUACACACUCUAUUCUCCUCACACACUCCUCUCUCCAUCUCUCUCUCUCUCUCUCUCUCUCUCUCUCUGCGUGUCUGGCUGCCUCAGUGUUGUGAUGGAAACACAGAUACAUUCCGCUCCUUCUGUUUGCGUGUGGUUUCUCCGCCGGCCGCUCGCUCUCGCGUGAUGAAAGCAUGUUAUCAGUCUGACUGCAGCUGCCGAGCAACAGGCGGGCUGUGGCGACUCUGAAGCUUCAGGAUGUUUGCAGGAUGAAGCAGGACCAUGUGUAGUGUUCAUUAUAACCACUCCCUGGCGAGUAUGAGCGGCGGAGAGAUGGUGGCGUACUCUCUGACGCUGGAGCAGAAGACGGCGUUCGCCUUCGUGGGAAUGCUGCUGGUGUUCCUGGGCCUGCUGAUUGUGCGCUGCUUCCGCAUCCUGCUGGACCCCUACAGCAGCAUGCCGUCCUCACACUGGGGGGACGGGCUGGAGGGACUGGAGAAAGGGACGUUUGAGUACGCGCUUACCUGAUACCACGCCCAUGUGUGAGGCCACGGCCUUUACCUGAAACUGCUGUUGCAUUCUGAGAGCUUUAGAGGCUUGUACUCCUGAUCUGGAGUAACAGUGCACACCGUAGGAAUUUGAUAGGCUUGAGUGUCAUCUUGGGAAAACACCUUAACACCUUUACGUGAGAACACAGGUUCACCUGAGACCACAGCUUCACCUUUACCUGAAUACACAGGUUCACCUGAGACCACACCUUUUACUGAGACCCCAGACUCACUGGAGGUCUUACCAUUAAACGGGACUGCAGCUUCACCUUUACCUAAGACCACAUCUUUACCUUUACCUGAGAACACAGGCUCACCUGAGGCCAUUAAAUGGGACUGCAGCUUCACCUUUACCUGAGAACACAGCUUCACCUGAGACCACAGCAUCACCUUUACCUGAAUACACAGGUUUACCUGAGACCACAGCUUCACCUUUACCUUAGAACACAAGUUCACCUUAGGCCACACCUUUACCUAAGUCCACAGACUCAUUGGAGGUCUUACCAUUAAAUGGGACUGCAGCUUCACCUUUACCUGAGAACACAGCUUCACCUGAGACCACAGCAUCACCUUUACCUGAGAACACAGGUUCACCUGAGACCACACCUUUUACUGAGACCCCAGACUCACUGGAGGUCUUACCAUUAAACGGGACUGCAGCCUCACCUUUGCCUGAGACCACAGCUUCACCUUUACCUGAGAACAUAGGCUCACCUGAGGCCACACCUUUACCCGAGACCAUUAAAUGGGACUGCAGCUUCACAUUUACCUGAGAACACAGGUUCACCUGAGACCAAAGCUUCACCUUUACCUGAAUACACAGGUUUACCUGAGACCACAGCUUCACCUUUACCUGAAAACACAGGUUCACCUGAGACCAUACCUACUGAGACCCCAGACUCACUGGAGGUCUUACCAUUAAACGGGACUGCAGCUUCACCUUUACCUGAGAACACAGCUUCACCUGAGACCACAGCUUCACCUAAGACCACAGACUUACUGGAGGUCUUACCGUUAAAUGGGACUGCAUCUUCACCUUUACCUAAGAAUGCAGCUUCACCUGGGACCACAGCUUCACCUUUACCUUAGAACACAAGUUCACCUAAGGCCACACCUUUACCUAAGUCCACAGACUCAUUGGAGGUCUUACCAUUAAAUGGGACUGCAGCUUCACCUUUACCUAAGAAUGCAGCUUCACCUGGGACCACAGCUUCACCUUUACCUGAGAACACAGACUCACUGGAGGUCUUACUGUUAAAUGGGACUGCAGCUUAACCUUUACCUAAAAACACAGCUUCACUGAGACCACAGUUUCACCUUUACCUGAGAACACAGGUUCACCUGAGGCCACACCUGUAACUGAGACCACACCUUUAUCUAAGACCACAGACUCACUAUAGGUCUUACCGUUAAAUUAGACUGCAGCUUCACCUUUACCUGAGAACACAGCUUCACCUGAGUCUACACAUUUAACUGAGACCACAGACUCACUCGAGGUCUUGCUGUCGAAUCCGACUGCCACUUCACAUUUACCUGAGACCACAGACUCACCUGAGGCCAUACCUUUACCUAAGACUGUAGCUUCACCUAAGGCUACACCUUUACCUGAGAGGAUAGCCUCACUUUCACCUGGGACUACAACCUAGCCUUUACCUGGGAAUGCAUCCUUAGUCCUCACUUUCACCUGAGGUUGCUGCCUCAUGUGAGACCAUACCUUUAUCUGUAAUUGAAGUGAUUGCUUUAACUCACAUUACCUUUCCUCACAUUACCCAUGGUCUCACCGUCACCUGUGACUUCAGCCUAGCCUUUACCUGAGAAUGCAUCCUUAGUCUUCAGUUUUACCUGAGAUUGUAGCCUCAUGUAAGACCACACCUUUAUCUGUGAUUAGAGUCUCACCUGGGACCACAGCCUCACCUGAGACCAUCCCUUUACCUAAGACUGCGGCUUCACCUGAGGCCUCACCCUUACCUGAGACAUCCGCCUGUUCCAAGACCUCACCAUCACCUGAGGCUUCAGUCACACCUGAGGUAAUGCCCCUACCUGAGAUUACAGCCCCACAUGAGACCACCUGAGAGUGAAAGUACUUCCACACAGGAGACCCCACUCAUUUUCAGAGUCCUCUCCCACUCAGAGUCUGAAGCAACCUGCUUACCUGAGGCUGCACCCUUACAGAAACAUGCCACGUGUCACGUGAAGCCACGUCCAUACCUAUAGCCACGCCUUUACAUGAGACUGCAGCAUCACUUGAAGCCACGCCCUUACCCAAGGCCAUGCCCUUUCCUGAUGCCAUGUUCAUGCCUGAAGUGCACAACUGCAAUGUCACCUGAUACCAACCCUUACCUGGGGCCACGCCCUUGUCAGAGACUGAGAUGACACUUAAAGCCACGCCCUUGCCUAAGUCCACACCCUUUACUGAGACUGUCAUUGUGUUGUCCAGCAUUCCAGGAAUAUUUCUCAUUCAGAAUAACGGUCAGCACCGUAUGACUAUUCAGACAGUUGGAACUACAAACUGCAGACACGCUACAAGUGAAACAACCUGUAUGGCUGUGUGUUUGCCAUGGAUCUGGGUAAACAGAGGCUGUAAAGGUUUAAAAAACAGUCAGAAAUGAACAUUACAAUUCAUAAACACACUAAAGUAAGUCAGACCUAUCGAUGCACCAUCUGAAUGUUUCUGAAUGUGACCACAAUCUCACAUACAGUGUAGCUGCGGCCAGGAACACACCCUUCACCUCAUCCUUACCUGGGAUGACAAUCUUGUUUGUGAUUAAUACCACUACCCAGGACCACACCUGACCAAAUGUGGCUAGUGGGAAUUGAUGUUGGAAUGAUGUCAUUUGAUCGGUAAGCUAAUGCACAAUCUAAAGGUCAGCUGCACCGGCUAGACAGACGUUCAAGCGCAGACUAGUUAUAACACAAGUGUUUACUAAGUUACGUGUUUACUAAAUUAAGUGUUUACUACCACUAAAUAUUACCAUCAAACCGUAAGGAAAGGCUAGUUACUGAGGCUGCAACCUCAACCUAACCCACAUUAUUACCUGCAGCCACACCAUUCAUUAUUUGAGGCCACACCUUUUCCCUUAUUUGCAUAUUGCUGCUAGGUGAUUUCUGCAAAAAUAGUCCACAUGACAGAACCAAAUGGCAAAUUUUCUGGGAAGAAUUGAAAUAUACACUUUGAAACAUGUUUGGACCCAUAAGUUUUUAAAGCAAAUUCUGAUCUGUUUGAAUAAUCUCAGCUACUGUUAAGAAGAAAGUAUUUCACACCAGUGGCUUCCAGCAGCUCAGCCAUUCAGCUUAAACAAUCCAGUACAGAUGAUACAAACAAUGAACUAAUCGUACAUUGGGCUAUAUAGAUGCUGCAUUGUUAACAGGGUAAAGCAAGUCCAAAUACACACAACUAAAACAAUAUAACUUAAUCAUGGAAGGCACCGUCCAGUCAACUGCAACAUUAAACCAGCGCUAACAUUAACUAGCUCUUAUUUUAGGGACUGCCAUCUCUCACAGAUUGGCUCAUGCGAUUGUCUUUAAUGUCACUCUCUCCAGUCUAUUGCCUGGGAAACAGGUGCUACCAUUAGGGUUGCUGCGGCGGAUGCAGGUUUGGUUUAGGACUAAACACCUGUUACGGACAGGGGUACUUUGAAGGGGACAUAUUAUGCAAACUCUCUGUUUGCGUGAUUUUGUAUUUCCACUUAUAUAAAUACUAUAAACACUCCAAGUGCCAAAAAAAUCCAUCCAUCUGUUUUCUGUAAAUCAGUCGAAAGAGUUUUGGUCGGGAAUUAUAUGCUUCUAUGGAGCCCUUAUUACGAGCCCUGAAACCACCCCCUCACCCAUCAACCCCCAUCAGAGCCUCACCCACUAGAUCAGUUGAAGAUCAGCCAUUUCGGUCUGCAGACUUUAUCUGAUGAAGGGAUCUAUACCUACUGUUCAUACUUUCAUAUAAUGAGUUUUGUGUUUUUAUCUCAGUUAAGCAUGAAAUAGCUUGUUUGGGUUUUGCCAUUUAGCGCACUCUAACACUGACAUGUUAAAUGCUCAGCAUUCAUUGGGCGUGGCCGGCAGCAGCUUAUUUGCAUAAAAACGUCAGAGCCCUUAAACAGCUAAUUUUGAAACUGACUGAAAUUGGCAAGAAUAGAGCUCGUGAGAUCUCGUUAUAUGAGAUUGAUUUUGUGCAAAGGACUUUAUGAACAUGUUUUUGUAUAGCUCAUAGAACUAUUCUAACUUGUGCAAAAAGAGAUACAAUAUGUCCCCUUUGAAUUGCUUUAACAUUAGGCAUUUUUCGCAACAUUAAAUGAUCUUCCAGAAUAGGUAGGACUCCUCACCUUCUCUCCAAAGCAGGCAAAUGAUAUUUGCAAGUGUUAAAAAGCAAGUGACAAGUUCUAGUAGAGCAGGGGUCGGCAAUUAAGUUUGGCUGUCGGCCAGAUACUUUCCAAGCCAUUACAUGGCCACAAAAAAAUAUGUUUUAAAAAAUGAAUUGUAAUGGGAUGGAGUGCUACAGACUGGUAGCUCUCCAGCCCAGAGGGUUGCUGAACCCAAUAGCAGAACAGCUGAUCUUAAAGCAGGUAAACCAGACCGGUCACGGUCCAAUAUACUAUCGCUGCCCCGGAUAGUGAAUUGGGACAUGGCUGGGAAUAAAACGCCCUUAUAAGGAGAUGGGGAGCCCAAGAAAAACGAGAACGGGCGGAAACCAAGAGAGUGAAAGGGGAGAAAUGUAAACAAAAGCUCCCCAGAAAAGUGAAAAGUGACCAGAUGUUUCAUGCCUAUUGCCAACCCCUGUAGUAGAGCCUUACAUGUACUCUUCCAGAAAAAAACAUCCAGCUUCCAAACACAAAAUCAGCUCUCCCUGCAUGGUGCCAGCACAUCACUUCCCCCCACCUCCCUCUCUGGACUGGACAAAUCGAAAUCAGAAUCUCACUCCAUUAAAAAAAAAAACAAUUACAGGUUGGCAGCCCUGUAUUAUUUGAAACCAUGAAUAAACAUGAUAACAUGAAAGCUAGCGACACAUAACCUAUUAGAUUAUUAGCUAAGAUAGCUAAGUACCCAUACAGUUAUUAGCUGAAAGAGAAACACUGGUGCCUAAGCAGAAUUAGUGAGUUAGCUUAUAAUGCUAGGCUAGGUGUUACCACAAAACAGGGUAUCACACUCCCGGUGCCGGUACAAGUUUACACAGAACGCUUUACUAUGAAAAAAAGACGAAGACGAGAUAGAGACAGGGUGUACAUCUGCUGUUCUUUUUUAAUGCCUUCCUGUUGUAGAAAACCUGAACCUCAGCGCUGAGUCACUCCAUGGUCUACUGUGUGGAUUAAUAUAUUUUUUUAUUAAUUGGUGGGAGUUGUGUAACAGAGGUAAAUGCCAAUCAAGUGUUUCACUCAUCUUUCACAGUCUCUCUCUCUUUCUCUUUCUCUCUCUCUCUCUCUCUCUCUCUCUCCCUCUCUCUCGGUGUGUGCCGGUGUUUUUAGUGCUGUGAAUUUGCCUUAAGGUCACUCUGACUGGGUUUUCUGUGCCUUCAUUUAGUGAUGGUAGAAUACCUCCAAUGGGAUGGUGUUUAUGUCUGUGUGCGUGAGUGUGUGUGUGUGUGUGAGUGUGAGUGUGUGUGUGUGUGUGUGUGUGUGAGUGUGUGUGUGUGAGAGAUGUGUGUGGGUGCAGUAAGGCCACUCAUACUGUGGAUUUGUAUUUGUCGUGUGGAAUAAAAUUAUUUUGAUUUCUUUUA